AUGGUUUCCAAAGAACAAAAAAGGCGUGAAAAGGAGCGUGCUGCUAUUAGAAAGAGAAGAAGUGAAAAUGCUUCUGUUAGUUCGUUAGAUAGUAUUGCUGCCAAACGUUUAAAUUUUGACAAUGAUGAUCAAAGCUCUAUAACAUCUGAUGUUUUUGAUGUUCCUGCUACGCCAACACAUAGCUAUGACAAUGUUUCCGAAAUUGUUUAUGAAUCAAUUGAAUCUACUUCACAAAUAAGUGUUUUAACAUUUACUUUGCGCCGGUCCACUCGACAUUCAAGCACAAUAAGCCGUUUCUCUGAAAUUUCUUUUGACGAUAAGUGGCCUUCAUUUCGCCCUGUCACUCAUAAAUGUUCUUUUUAUCAUGUUGGUCUUGGAUGUGGUGCUAAGAGUGCUAAACAUAUGCCAAAUUAUUACAAUUCGCUUUGCAAAAAUGACGUUUUGAUUGACUCCCGUUGCCCGUUUUGUAAGGCAUUAUUGCUACCAUCGGAGACAAUCGGCCCGUCUGCAUUUGUUAAAUGUUGUGCAAAAGGGCGCAUCGAUUUGAAUGAACGGUUCACGAAUCUGCAAGACUUUCCAAUUGGAAUUGAUCUUUUACUUCACAAUCCUGCCAACUCUGCGACACGAGAUCGUCUUUUGAAAAAUGUAUUGCGAUACAAUGACCAGCUUUCUUUUGGCCAACUUCGUAUGGAACGAACUUAUGACUUUCCAGAAUCAUAUCGGAUUGUCAAAACAAAUAACAUGUUUAAUUAUAUGCUAUUUGAUUUUCGCGCGCCUGGUGGACAACAACAACCAGAACUUCGUGGUCAAUUGUACACAAUACCGCCAAAUUCCGCUGAUAUCCGCCUUAAUGUACUUUCAGCUGAAAAUGAAUUAGAUCCCUUUAUUCUGCAAGAACUAUUUACUAUCUUAAAACAAAAUCAUUGGAUGGCAGAACUUUUCAAAGUUGCAUCUGACGUUUACGAAGAUCUUUCGGCCGACUUGCAGCUUCAGUUUCGAAUGCUUGUAGUCGAUGCCAAUAAACGUGGAACAGAGCGCACUAUUGAAAACGUUCCACCUAUUGAUGUUAAUCCAUCUGAUGCAUCUGUUUUACAUCAAAUUCAUCCUGGUCGCCUUAGUGUCGAAACUGCUGCUGGGAGUCAACUUGUCGCGCAAUUUUAUUUGGAUAAUGGGGAGAAUGUUCCACCAGAAGGAAAAUAUGACGUAAUUCUAACAGGGCAAAAAGGAACAGGCCAAGUCAGUCUGAAAUGGUGGCACCGUGCAGCUGAUGCAGCAUGUUUCCCUAUAAUUUUUUCAAAAGGACAAAAUGGAUUUGGUAUUUAA